CUCCUGGAAAACCGCGUCCUCUAGUGCCUUGUGAUCAGAGCCCCGGUGCGGUAUUAGCGGGAGCUCGAGUUCCUCGGGGAGCAGGCGCAGUGUCCCCACGACGGCCCCCGGCUUUUCUGAACAGCCGUUCAACCUAGAGGGCUCCGGGCGGCCGGGGCCAUCCGGACCCGCGGGUGUGCGGCCGCCCCGGAAGUGACGCCAUGGGCUGCGGACCCUGAGGAAGUGGAGAUGGCGGAGCUGUACGUGAAGCCGGGCAACAAGGAGCGUGGCUGGAACGACCCGCCUCAGUUCUCCUACGGGCUGCAGACUCUGGCCGGUGGACCUAAGCGCACCCCGCUCACCAAAAGGAUCGCCGCUCCCCAGGAUGGCUCUCCCAGAGUCCCUGCCUCCCAGACUUCUCAGGGGCCCCCUCCAAUGGGGCCUCCACCUCCUUCAAGUCAGGCUUCCAGGCCCCCUCCUGUGGGGAGUUAUCUUGCCUCCAGUGUGAAGCCAGCAAAUCUCCCAGUGAUGGAAUCUGAAACUCUGCUGGAAGAUGUGCUCAAACCUUUGAAAGAGGCACUGGAGGAUUGCCGUGGCCACACAAAGAAGCAAGUAUGUGAUGACAUCAGCCGACGCCUGGCUCUGCUGCAGGAGCAGUGGGCUGGAGGGAAGCUGUCAGUGUCUGUGAAGAAGAGGAUGGCUCUCCUGGUGCAAGAGCUUUCAAGUCACCAGUGGGAUGCUGCAGAUAACAUCCACUGCUCACUCAUGGUUGACCAUGUGACUGAGGUCAGUCAGUGGAUGGUGGGAGUUAAAAGGUUAAUUGCAGAAAAGAGGAACCUGUCUUCAGAGGAAGAGGCCAAUGAAGAGACAUCUACAGCUACAGCUGAGGAGUUCCAGACAGUACCAGGCGUCCAAGAGGCUCCGUAAUCCUGUGGGAUCCUGACUCACUUCACACCAUUUCCUCUGCUUUGGCAGGGAGGCCUUCUCUCAUCUGGCUCCCUCUUACCACUUGGGAGACUGCCUGCCUCCUUGGGAUUGUUGGCCUGCUCCACCCAUCUCUGGGGGAAGAGGUGCCAGCCACCUGGGCCACAGGGAAGAGUGUUGUUACCCAUAACAUGUGUUUUAAUAAAAAACAUCUUAAUAGUGGGGUCUGGGUAGGAGAGAGAAGCCCUUCUUGUGCCAAACUGGUCCCUUAUGGUAUCCUUGACUGCCUUGCUAUCUGUGUACCUUACAAGCCUCUCUUCUUCCUCCUUUCAUCAUGAAUGACUUUGCUAGGCAUGACCAAUUACUUCUGCCACUUUCCCCCAAAAUAGACUGAAACACAUAUUCCUUGC